CCGAACAAAAUCGAACUCGUUCGGAACGGAACGCUAUCGUCGUUUGUGUGGUGCGAAAAAUCAUUGAAUUUUUGGAUGUGAUUUCAAGUAGACGCUACUUAUCGGGUAGGUGUUAUCAAACAACAAGAUAUCGUGACUCGAUAGUAAUCUAAAUCGAUGGAUUGAACUGUGAAUCAGCUGGUGAAUUCCCAAGUGAAGAAUGAACGCAUGGUGAUUUAUAAAAUCAAUGAUUUUGUUUUCCAAAAGUGUGACUAAACGUUGACCAGAUUGUGCAGCGAGUUUACGUCGAAAAGUGUGUUAUUUUUAAAAAGAACGUGUUAAAGAGCCAAUAUUCUCUAUGACCUUCGAGGAAUUUUGUGGAGGUCCUUUUUGGGACGACGCUUUGACAUGGCGAAUCGAAAAUCCCGAUCUGACCUUCUGCUUCCAGCGAACGAUCCUCCAAUGGGUUCCAUGCUUCUUCCUGUAUGUGUUCACAAUAUACGAAGUAUUCCGGAUAGCUUCCAGUCGCUACCGGGACAUCCCUUGGAAUUGGUACAACGUAUCGAAAAAAAUCAUCUGUCUCGCGCUGAUGAUCCUAAGCUGGAUUGAACUAGGAAUGGUCGUUAGCUAUCGCCAUCAGGAGGAUGUUUUCGACGUGCAAAUUUUGGUGGCAAUUUUCAAUGCCAUUGCCUAUAUCAUCGCCAUCAUCCUGUACUACUUUUUCCGGAAGUUCGGUAUUCAGAGUUCGGGAACGAUAUUCAUCUUUUGGUUUCUGAAAAUGUUUUUCGGCAUCAUCCAGAUGAGAACAGAGGCCAAUCUACAUUCGGAGCGGACCGGUGACAUUGAAUCCAGCGAAACGAUCGUGUUCGCAGAGUAUCAGUUCGUAAACUACACCCUUCAGUAUGCCCUCAUCUGCUUGAUGUUGUUGAUGGAGGUUAUACCGGAUCAAGCCCCCCGCUACAGUGAUUUUCCCAAGCAGAAAAAUCCUAACCCUGAGCUCAGAUCAAGCUUUGUGGUGAGACUUCUCUACCUAUACUUCGAUUCGUUCACGUGGAGAGGUUUCCGCAAACCACUUACCGACAAUGACAUGUACGAUCUUAACCCGGAGGAUACAUCCCGCGAGCUGAUCCCACCCUUCGAUAAGUAUUGGAACGAGAGCGUCGAGAAAGGAAGACAUAAACAAAUGGCUGCGGAUAAGAAAGCGGGCAAAACAAAGUGCUCAUACAAACCUCACGCUGCAACGAAUGGAUCAACUCUGCCCGCAAUGGUGAAGGCCUAUGGAGGACCAUUCUGGUUUGCAGGUUUGCUGCAACUUGCCAUCUCGGGACUACAGUUUGCGUCACCCUAUCUGAUGAGGGAACUCAUGAUGGUCAUCGCCACCAAUGGACCCUUCUGGAAGGGUAUGAUUAUCACAUUUGCUCUCUUUCUGACCUCCUUCCUGAUCGCCCUGUUCAACGGGCAAUACUUCCGGAAGACAUUCCUGGUAGGCUUCCGCAUUAGAACCGGUCUGGUUAGUGCGAUCUACCGAAAAGCACUGCGUAUUUCAAGUUUCGCUAAAAAAGACACUACAGUGGGUGAGAUCGUGAACCUGAUGGCGGUCGACGCCCAGCGAUUCUUCGAAUUAACAUCCUAUCUGCACAUUCUGUGGUCAGCACCGAUCAUCAUUGCUCUCUGCAUCUACCUGUUGUACGAAAUCCUUGGUCCGGCAGUUUUCGCUGGCUUGGGAGUGAUGGUAAUUCUGAUUCCCGUGACCGGCGUCAUCGCCAACAAAAUGAAAGACCUUCAAGUGGAACAAAUGAAGAUUAAAGAUGAAAGAGUGAAAAAGAUGAACGAAAUUUUAAGUGGCAUCAAGGUGCUGAAGUUGUACGCCUGGGAACCUAGCUUCCAGCGAGAUAUUGUAGAAGUUCGUAGCGAUGAGAUUAGUAUCUUGAGGGUGAUGGCUUACUAUGGGGCGGCUACAUUCUUCGUUUGGAGUCUGGCUCCGUUCCUGGUCACUCUGGCAUCGUUCACCGUAUACGUGUUGAUCGACGAGAACAACGUGUUGGAUCCGCAGACAGCCUUCGUAUCGCUAGCACUGUUCAACAUUCUACGCUUCCCACUAGCAAUGUUUCCAAUGAUGAUAACCUUUGCAAUGCAGGCUUGGGUAUCUGUCGUACGUAUUAACAAGUUCAUGAAUAGCGAGGAGAUGGACCCAAACAAUGUGACCCAUGAGAAAAGCGAGAAUGCAGUCGCCAUUAGGGAUGGAACAUUCUCCUGGGGAGAUGAAGCGGCGACUUUGAAAAACAUCAACCUGACUUUGAGGAAGGGUCAACUGGUAGCUGUCGUCGGUAGCGUUGGAACGGGGAAAAGCUCCCUGAUAUCGGCUCUUCUUGGGGAGAUGGAGAAGAUCAGGGGUUCGGUCAAUACGGAUGGGAAGAUCGCGUUCGUUCCGCAACAAGCGUGGAUCCAAAAUGCUACACUCAGAGAUAACAUACUCUUCGGAAAGCAAUUCGAUGAGCGGAAGUACGACAAGGUGUUGGAGUGCUGCGCACUGAAGCCAGAUCUAGAGAUGUUGCCGGGUGGAGAUCUGACGGAGAUCGGUGAAAAAGGUAUAAACUUAUCCGGAGGUCAAAAGCAACGAGUUGCGCUGGCAAGAGCAGUUUAUGCGGAUGCUGAUAUCUAUCUUUUUGAUGAUCCACUGAGUGCCGUUGAUGCGCACGUUGGGAAACACAUUUUCGAGAAGGUUGUGGGUCCUCAAGGGCUCCUAGUUGGCCGAUCACGACUGCUGGUAACGCAUGGAAUAUCUUUCCUUCCCCAUGUGGGCGAAAUCCUUGUCAUUAAAGAUGGGGAAAUUUCCGAAAGUGGAUCCUAUCAGCAGUUGCUGGAUCAAAAAGGUGCGUUUGCAGAAUUCCUAACCCAACACAUUCAGAACUUGGAUGAUGAAGAUGAGGAAAUAAAAAUGAUACAGGAAGCUCUGGAUGACGAGGUCUCCCGUAACAUUUUGAAGCGUGCGAUGUCAAUUCGCUCGAACAAAUCCGGUGGUAGCAACGGCAGUGCAAGAAACAGGAAAAAGAUGAGCCGACAGGAGUCACGAAACAGCCAACACAUACAACCAGUUCCAGUUAAGGGGACAACUCUCAUCGAAAAAGAGCAGUCUGCAACAGGGUCGGUCGACUUUGCUGUCUACAUGAAAUAUUUUAGAGCGAUCGGGUGGAACCUCGCAUUCUGGUCCGUUCUCUUCACUAUACUCAAUCAGGCUAGCGCCAUCUACAGCAAUAUAUGGCUGACAGAUUGGUCUGAAGAUCCAUCCGCCGCAACCGAUUCAGCUACUCGUGAUAUGUAUCUCGGUAUCUAUGGAGGCCUGGGCGGAGUACAGUCAAUAUCUCUGCUGAUAGCAUCCAUUACAUUGGCUAUUGGUUGCUUGAAGGCAGCAAACACCCUCCACAACAACCUGUUGGAGAGCACACUCCGCAUGCCAAUGUCGUUCUUCGACACCACCCCGCAGGGUAGGAUUAUGAAUCGAUUCUCGAAGGAUGUCGACGUGGCGGAUAACACACUUCCGCAGUCAAUCCGAAUGUGGCUGUUGAUGUUCGUGAACGUUGUCGGUGUCUUCAUCGUGAUCGCCAUCUCAACCCCUAUCUUCCUCGCCGUUGUCCCCGUGUUUCUUGUUAUCUAUUAUGCCGUACAAAAGUUCUACAUCGCAACGUCUCGACAGCUUAAAAGAUUGGAAUCCGUUACGCGAAGCCCAAUCUACUCACACUUUGGCGAGAGUAUCACCGGACAGUCCACCAUUCGAGCCUACGGCCAGCAGGAUCGCUUUACGCAAGAAUCGGAGAAGCGAGUCGACUACAACCAGCUUAUGUCCUAUCCUAGCAUCAUUGCGAAUCGUUGGCUAGCAAUACGGUUGGAAACAGUGGGAGCACUGGUUGUCUUUUUCGCCGCUCUCUUCGCCAUGAUCAGUAGAGAUUCGAUUGGAGCCGCAAUGGUUGGACUGUCGAUUACCUACGCCCUGCAGAUUUCGGCGGUGCUAAACUUCCUCGUACGGAUGACGGCUGAGGUAGAAACGAAUAUAGUGGCGGUCGAGCGGCUGGAUGAAUACACCGUGUUACCCAGAGAAGCCGAAUGGGAGAAAGGAACGGUGGAUAAGGCUUGGCCGGUGGAAGGAAAGGUCAAUUUCAACGAUUAUAAAAUUCGUUAUCGCGAAGGGCUAGAUUUAGUGAUUAGAGGUAUUUCGUUAAAUGUCAAGGGAGGAGAGAAAAUUGGAAUCGUGGGACGCACGGGAGCGGGGAAAUCUAGUUUGACUCUAGGUUUGUUCAGGAUUGUGGAAUCGGCAGGCGGAUCGAUAACGAUCGAUGGAUUGGAUAUCUCGCAGAUCGGUUUGCAUCAGCUGCGAAGUCGACUGACAAUCAUUCCUCAAGAUCCGGUGCUAUUUUCUGGCAAUCUUCGGUUGAACAUUGAUCCCUUCAAAAGCUACACAGAUGACCAGGUUUGGCAGGCGUUGGAGCUGUCCCAUUUGAAAAGCUUCGUCAAAGGCCUGCAGGCAGGUUUGGAUCAUGAGAUUGCGGAGAACGGAGAGAAUCUUUCAGUCGGUCAGAGGCAGCUAAUUUGUCUGGCGAGAGCGAUUCUCAGAAAAACUAAAGUGCUCAUCUUAGAUGAAGCCACGGCGGCUGUAGAUUUGGAGACGGAUGAUUUGAUUCAGGUUUGUCACAGUAUAUCAUCUAACAGUAAUUCAAUUAUUCAUAUUUGUUUCCCACAGAAAACAAUCCGCACUGAGUUUGCUGACUGCACAAUUCUCACUAUUGCUCAUCGCCUCAAUACCAUUAUGGACUCCGAUCGUGUGUUGGUGCUAGAUAAAGGACUUGUAGCGGAAUGUGAUACACCGCAGAAUCUACUCUCAGACAAGACGACCAUAUUCUACGGAAUGGCGAAGAAUGCAGGAAUUGUUAGCUAGAAAUUGUGAACGCAAGAUGAAGGAGGAAAUCUCAUCAAUACUCGAAAUACCCCCGUCUAUAGUGGAGGACUUCGAUAAUAUACUCGGCUGAGAACAAAAGCGUUGAUUACACGCACAGAAUUCUUCAACAAUCACUAUACUCACAACUAUGCAUGCAUGGCACCACGACUCACGGAUAAACAUUGUUGUGAAUUGUCUUCUGGAGUUAAAU